AUGGCGAAAGACAAGAUUGCGAAGCCAAAACUGAAGGCCAAGGCUUCGCCGACCCUGAAGCCAAAGGCGUCGCCGAAAUUGGCGCCAAAGGCGUCGCCAAAAUUGGCGCCAAAGGCGUCGCCAAAAUUGGCGCCAAAGCCGUCGCCGAAGCUGGCACCGAAGACGCCAGCCAGCGCAAAGAAGCGCAAAUCACAGGAGGACGAGGAUCAGAAGAAGCCCAAAAAGGCAAAGAAGCAAGAGGCCACAUCGAAUGAAACGCUUGCAGUUUGCAAAGUAGCUGAUAUCAAAGAAAUAUCAGAGGCGAGUGCAAAGGCAUUGCUGACCAAGAGCAUCACCACGCUGUUCGAGAUUCAGCAGAAGGCCUUUCAGCCAUGCUUCAAGGGCCAGGACGUGGUGGGUCGGGCCAAGACAGGCUGCGGCAAGACCUUGGCCUUCGUCUUGCCAGUGGUGGAGCGAAUCCGUGCCAAGGGCUUUGCCAAACAGUCCCGGAAGAAGGCGCCCCUGUGCGUGACCAUCGCACCGACACGGGAGCUGGCGAAGCAGAUUUUCAACGACUUUGAGUUGUUGGGUGCGGCCGGAGGGCUGGCGGUGAAGUGCUUCUAUGGAGGCACUCCGUUUGGACCUCAGUGCGAUGACCUGCGAGCUGGCAUCCACAUCCUGGUGGGCACCCCUGGCCGGCUACUGGACCACGUGCGGCGCCAGACUGCAGACCUCUCUGCUUGCAAGACGCUGGUUUUAGACGAGGCGGACGAGAUGCUGUCCAUGGGCUUCCAAGAGGACAUCGAGGCCAUUCUGGAUGCACUGCCAACGUCUGAUUGCCAGAAGCUUCUUUUCUCCGCAACGCUGCCAAAGUGGGUCAAUGCCAUUGUGGAGAAGCAUUUGUCAUCACCUGUGUGGAUCGACGUGGCUCAGGAUCCGGAUGGCAAUAAGACCAACAGUUUGAUCACACAUCAAUGUGUGUCAUGCCCUCCGUCAGCACGGGGGGACUGCAUUGGAGACCUGUGCAAAAUCCAUGCUGGUGCAUAUGGCAAAACCAUGGUGUUUGUGAGCACCAAGAGGGAUUGCGACGAGCUAGCUGCCAACGAGAAGCUGCAAGCAAUCGGUGCUGGAGUGCUUCAUGGUGACAUUCCUCAGCAUACCCGUGAAAAGACCAUGGAUGGCUUCCGAGCGGGCCGCAUCCGCUGCCUGGUCGCAACCGAUGUGGCAGCUCGUGGGAUCGAUGUGCCGGCUGUGGACUUGGUGGUUCAGACACGCCCCCCUCAAGAUUUGGAGUCUUACGUCCAUAGAUCCGGACGCACCGGCCGUGCAGGAAGAAAAGGCACUUCUGUGUGCUUCUAUUCCAGGUCCGAGGAGUACUUGAUUCGGCUCAUUGAGCACAAGAAGGGUAUCAAGAUGCAGCGAGUCGGUCCUCCGCAGGCCAGGGAUGUCGUCGGGGCAGCCGCUGACGAUGCCGUCAGACAGAUCGACAACGUGCACCAGGCGAGUGUCGAAGCAUUUGCCGAGAAGGCGCGCGAGCUCAUCGAGGAGCGCGGGGCAGAGGUUGCCUUAGCAGCGACCAUGGCAGCUCUCACGGGCCACUUCCGGGAGCUCAAAGGCCGGUCGCUGCUCUCAUCCUACGAAGGCCAGACGGCCAUGAUCCUGAAGUCUGAACGGCUCAUAGAGACUGCCUCGAAGGGCUGGUACUUGCUGCGGCAGAUGCUCUCCCAAGAGAUCGCAGAUGCUCUCAGGGGCUGCAAGCGCUGCAAGGAUGAGUACCAGUGCAUCUUCGACGCUCCUGACGAGCUGGUGCCCAAGAUCUUGAAGAUAGAGCUGUGGAAGGGCAACAGCAUCGCAGUUGCCAAAGAACUGCCUGAGCUAGAAGAGGAGACUGACAUCCAAGAGGCCACCCAGAAGCACUGGGAGAGCAAGCAGCGCUUCUGGGAGAAGCGAAAAGGAGGAGGCAAGGGGGACAAGGGCGACAAAGGAAAGGGGCGUGGCAAGGGCCCAGGACGAGGCAAAGGGGAAGGGCGAGGCAAGGGUCGCGGACGGGGUUGGUGA